CCUGUGUCUUGCUGAACCUUAAAUUAGGAAGCAACAAGAAUACUAUACUAUCAUUAGCAAGUUAUAUAGCCAAAUGAUACUAGAAGUUACAGGUUGGCUUGGCAAGAUUACGGGUUAAAAUUGACUACAGACUUGAAUGCUGAAAGGCGCAGGUUUACAGGUAGAUUUGGUCUUGUCCACCACCCUAAUUUAUUUCUUGCACCUUUUUAAAAGCAAAAAUACUAAAACAAGUCGAAUAAUUGCUAUGUUCUACAAGAUUAAGUUUACCUAAAUAUUUGUCUUUGAUUUUGUACUCACAUUCUUACGUGAUGGGCUGGACAAGUAGUUUUCAAAAUUUAUGCUUUUUUUUUGGGUAAUAUGUUCACUAAUUGUACAAAACACUGACCUAUCCCCACCCUUAAGAGAAAAAAAUUGUAGCAAUGUUGAAAUAUCAACUCCUGAAAAGACAACCAUGGCAGCUGGCUUGUCGUUUCUAAACUCGAAUAUUCGACCGACACAAGCAAGGAAGAAGCGCAGAAGGUACGCAGAUGCACGCAUCAAAACCAGGUUUGUCGAUAUAAAAAGAAAUAAUCAAAACAUAGUAAUAAUUUGUUUUAACAAACAGUCCAUGAUUCAAGGGAAAACGUUUAUUUUUGUUCAGACGAAAGUGAAAGGAAGGGUAGAAAAUACAUCUUUUUUCCUGUUAGGUCAACUCUUAUAAAGAAAGACCAAAACAAAGUAAUUCUUAUAAAGAAGACCAUUAAAAGGAAACUUCGUAGAAAGGGCGUGUUAAGUAAAGAGGGUAAUGUUAUCAUUUUUCAACUAUUAAAAAAAGGUCAAGUACAUUAAUUUAUGACAAAAUUUUAUAAAUACGAAUCCAACUCACAUUCUUGGGGCAUUCCUCCUCAAUUUGUUCGCCAUUUUUUAGCAUCAGAGCAUCAAGAAAGAGAGAGAGAAGCCUAAUCAAGUAGCUUUCGCAACUCCAUUAAUCUCUGGUGAAUUACAAAAGUUAAGGGAUGGAAAAUUGUACUGAAAUUUUUGAUGUAAUAGUGGUUGGAGCAGGCGUUAUGGGCAGUUCUACAGCUUACCAAACAGCUAAACGUGGCAAGAAGACACUCCUGCUUGAGCAAUUCGAUUUCUUGCACCACCGAGGCUCCUCCCAUGGUGAAUCAAGAACCAUCCGUGCAACCUACACCAAAGAUUUCUACCCUAAAAUGGUCCUAGAGUCAGCAAAACUGUGGGAAGAAGCCGAAGAAGAAGCUGGUUACAAGGUCUACUUCAAGACUUCCCAAAUUGACUUGGGUUCAUCAUACGACAAGUCCCUCCAGGCCAAGAUAUCCAGCUGCCAGAAAAACAGGGUUCCUGUUCAAGUUCUCAACCAUAACCAAGUUUCCGAAGAGUUCAAGUUUCAAUUAACUGAGGAUUGGAUUGGUGUGGUGAUUGAGCAUGGUGGCGUUAUUAGGCCAACCAAGGCAGUUUCAAUGUUUCAAAUGCUUGCAAUGAAGAACGGCGCAAGCCUUAGAGACAACAUGGAAGUGGUAGAUAUUAAGAAAGAUCCUUCCAAAGAUGCCAUCUUGGUCAGCACCAGAAAUGGUCAAAUGUUUUGGGCGAAAAAAUGUGUUGUCACAGUUGGAGCUUGGAUGAAAAAAUUGGUCAAGGAAGUUGCAGGUCUAACUCUACCCAUACAACCCCAGGAAAUAACUGUAUACUACUGGAAAAUAGAACAAGGGCAUGAGGCUGAGUUCACGAUUGAAAGUGGUUUUCCGACUUUUUCGAGCUAUGGUGAGGCUCACAUCUUUGGCACUCCAUCUUUGGAGUUCCCAGGACUGCUCAAAAUAUUAGUGGACGGUGGCCAUCCCUGUGAUCCAGACAAGAGAACUUGGUCUGCAUCGCCUGAUACGCUUAGUGCAACAAAAGAAUGGAUCCAAAGCAAAUUUGGUGGUCUCGUUGACUCCAGCGAACCUGUCUUGACACAAUCUUGCAUGUAUUCUAUGACCCCUGACAAGGAUUAUGUGAUUGAUUACUUGGAUGGAGAAUUUGGGAAGGAUGUUGUGGUUGCUGGAGGCUUUUCAGGACAUGGUUUCAAGAUGGCACCAAUUAUUGGGAGGAUAUUGGCUGACCUUGCUAUAGAUAUGCAAGCAAAAGAUGUGGAUAUGAAGCACUUUAAUAUAAAAAGGUUUGAGGGAAACUCAGAAGGAAAUCAUGAGGAUUUUGACGAUUAAGUCGAUUCGGUUGAUUUGAGGAAUGAUUGAAGCGAAUACCAUUUUUGUGUCGUUCCUGUCAGAUAUUUGAGUUACGAUGAUUGAAUUGCUACAACUUUGAGACAUCUAUUGUACAUGCACUCAACCAGUAAUAACACUGAUUCCACUCGCCAUAUUAGUCCAACAUGCUAAUUUAAGUAAUCUUUCUCUUGUGCU